AUGUGGGAUCUCCUGCUACCCGUCCUGCUUGUCUCCUCGCUGACGCUCAAUCUCUUACUGUUCCGGGCCGUCGUCCCGCCCGAUGUGGCCAGCCCGGUCACGGCUUGCUUCGUGAUUGCCGAGCGGCUUCGAGGCGCGGUCAGCCUGCUCCGGGGCGCAGGCCUCGCAGCAGGCGGGGCCAGGGCCUCGGCUCGCAAGUCACCGGUCCAGCUGCCUCGCCACAUGGUACCGGUCCGGCUGGAGGACGAGGACGAGGAGAACCCGGUGUGCGGAGGGAGUCUGCACGACGAUCGGCCGUCCGCGGCGGGUCCACAGCGUUCACGGCAGGACGGCGGGGACGGGCCAGAUGAGGAGGAGCGGGGCAGCGAGAUCGCCAGCGACAUUGCCCGCCCCCGCUGCUCGUCCAAGCUGUGGGGAGUCGGCAACACGCCCGGCGCGGCAGAGGCGGCCAGCUCAGUCGACGGGUCGGAAGAGCCGGGAGAUGCGGCGGCGGCCCUCGCGACUCGCAAAAAGCAGGUGCAGCGGAUCUACCACAAGGUCGCAGGCGCGCGCGCAUGGCUCGGAUCGCGCAUCCUGACGCUGCUCAUCGUGGUUGGCACCUCGCUGCAGCGGCUCGCCCUCGCCGUGCCGGGCCUGCACCCGCAGGUCGCAAAGGACACCGCACUGGCCAGGUCGGGCGAGUUCGCGCUGCUCUUCAUCAUGCUGCACCUGUCGCACGUCGGCCUCGCGUACCGCCUCGUGCUGCACGCCUGCGUCACCCUCUCCCUCGCCACCUCCGGCUGGGGAGGCGACUCACGCGGCUGGACGCAGCUCGGCCAGCCCUUCGACACGCUGUACGUGGUGGUUGCAAACGUCGUGGGGGCGGCCAUCGGCCACUGCGCAGAGGUCAUCCUGCGCCGCGCCUUCUUCGCGCGCCACGUCGAGCGGCGGCGUGCGGACGUCGUCAUAGAGCGGCUCGAGCGCGAGAAGCAGCGCGCCCAGUACGACUACGAGCUGCUCGCCCACGAGAUCCGGCGCUCCACGGUCACCUUCUCUGGCUACGCCUCCAGCGCUGGAGCCUACUCGGCCGGAUCGACCGAUGCGACCGACCGGUGA